ACUAGACUCUAGUGGGAAGUGACAUUCCUUGUAGGCCUACAAUAUGAGAACGAUUCAUGUACAAAUGCAGCAGAGAAGUAGACAUCAUCGCUCAUCAUUCCUCUUUUUCUUCUGCUUUUUAAAAAACUUACAUCAUAACGACAAUUCAUACCUUCCUCUUUUACUAAGUCCUUUUCCGGUAUGUACUUUAUGGAUAUCAGAUGAAAAACCUAACGGUGAAGACAUGGUAACUGGACAUGGACAGUCUGUUUGUUAACAUGGUGAAAGAUGUACAUUUCCCGAGUACGCUGGUGUUGUGGAUCCUGAUGUGGCUAUCCAGAUACAUACACAUUGUGUCUUCAGAAGUGUCAACAAAGCAGGUCUUCUUUGUAGCGGAUGGUGAUGAAAAAGUAUUUCUCCCAUCUCCCCCACUGACACAACGUGGGACACAGUACCAGUGGUUGAGGACCCCACAUGAUGGAAACCAAUCCCCGUCAUCUGUCACAAUAAAUGAGAAUAGUCCGAAUCUGUUUUCCCAAGGAGGCGAGCAUGAUCUAACCAUGGAGCCCCUGUCUUCUCUUGCAGGAGUAUUUUUGUUCACCCAAACACAACCAAAUGUACUCCCAUUGGCAAGAUUUGAGGUGUUUGCUGUUGAAUUUACGCCGCUACGUUUAUUGUUGGAUCUGGGUUCUGAUGUCAGUAUGAGCUGUAAGUUGCCUCAUAUGCCUGAGGCAGCCACACUGCAGUGGGAGGCCGAGGACAACCUCUCUUCUAACACCACAUUGUUCUACAACAACACAGCCUACGUCAUCAUCCACAGUGUUGACCAGCAAAACAAAAAGCGAUAUGACUGUGUAGUCCGACUCAACGGAACACGGGUAUUUGGAGCAGGAUUUUUGCUGGACAUAGAAGCAUACACAUUUAAGACUCAGGUGACUUUAUUCAGAGAGAGCAGCAACAGUAGUGAGGUGGAUCUGAGUUGCAGGAGUAAAUCUGAAUACCUUCGAGCCAAAUGGACCAGGACCUCAUCUUCUCAACCAACAGAAGUUGUUAUGACCUCAUCCAAACGCACCUCAUCUGAUGGGUUACAGCGAGACCGGUUCUCAUCACCUGCCUUCAGUGGUGUUGACUACCCCAUGCGUAUCUCACCACUGAUAUUUGAAGAUGGUGGAGAAUACAGAUGCAUAUUUGAUCGUCCUGAGAGUAUCUACAGUUCCGAGCGUGUCUUAAGUUCUGAGCGUGUCUUAGUGAAACUCAUUACUAUUCAAGUUUCUGUUGCGCUCUCUGGUGGUGAGGAUGGGGACCAGCCAGUGGUCCUCACCUGUGAGCUGUCAGAGCUGAGCGAUGUCCCAGUGACCCUGGCCUGGCUAAGGAGGGAGGGCAGCGGGGUGCUGAUGAUCCGACAGGAAGUCCUGACAGACAGCAGGCUGCUCAGUGUGACCCUGCCCAGCCUCCAUACAGACCAGCUGUUCUGGGAGUGUGUGGUCUUCUCUCAGGGCCUGCUCAGAGCCAGAGUACCCCUGAACCUCACAGACAGCUAUGACAAGAUCCCUACUCCUGUUACACCCAGACGAAAUGCAGCAAACUCCUUUCACCUUUGGAUGAUUGUGGCCUGCUCUGUGCUGCUCUUCACUGGGAUCCUGACUGUGGCUUUGCUGUUCUACUACAGGAAAGCCAGAAACAGAGAGACAGCUUCAAGGCCUGUGCUGAACAUUGUAGCGUCACCCUCUCUGACAGAUCAGGAUGACCCAGUCUACGGUAACGUCACAAACAACCCUCCAGACAAAGACAGUCAUAGGAGUCCAACAGAGGGAGAGAACAACAUGGACAUCCAUUACUCUUGCAUCUCUUUAAGUGGGCUAAAGCCUAGAGAGCAAAAUAGGAAUUCUGAAACAAGUGGGGAUGGGGAUGGUGUAAUCUACUCAGCUGUCAGCAUAAAUUGAAGAAUCCAUUGUGAUAUGGAAAGAAAUACUGGACAAGCUUGCUUAUCUUUCAGUACUGGAUUUAACAUAUACUGUAUUUCUUAACAAAUUGAUUAUUUAAAAUGAACUGUUACCUAUGCUACAAACGUCCAUAGUAGGCUACCACCAUACAUUACAACCUUACAUUUCCUUUUCAUCUUGAGUUCAAUUGAUAAUUUUGAUAAUGCCCUUUACCCUGUCUGGAUGAGAAAAUGUGCAGAGAAAUAGAAAAUACAUUUUUGGGUACUGAUAUGGUGUUAAUUAAUCUGCCUCUCUGUGCUCUUUUUUAAUGUAAUUACAUUUUGUAAUUGCGUUUACGUCGUCUUAAAAAUGAAUCAUUGUUUUACUGUAAUUUUCAUUUCACAAAGAAGGCAGGAGAGGGGGCUGUUGGUCAACACAAGGUACCAGGGACAGGAAAUUGAGAAAGGGGUACAUUUCUUUCAACUCGCUAAAUACUAUCUAUGCUUAUUUCUGCAAUUGCUGAUAAAAAAUAAUUGCUUGAA